AUGGAUACCCUUCAGGCUAAUGGAACAGGACUGCCAAGAGAAUCUCAAGAUUUGCCACCGGAAGACCAGAGACCUUACAAGACCCGCCGCAUUGAAGGGGCAGCAUCCGCAUCCGCACCGGGUCUUCCCUGGUCGUUAACCGAUGUAGAGCUUCUGCAUAUUCAGCAUAACGACUCGCAGCACCCGAGCUGGGGCUCUACGUCUACAUGGGCCGGACCUGAGGCCGAUGAUGUACGCGAUUGUACUCCUCCACAAUGGUUGCCGCCUGUAAGUGAAGCCCAACCACCACCACCCCGGACCCGGGGAACGGUUGCCUGCCAGAAAUGCCGGUCACGGAAAACAAAAUGCGACAACCUACGUCCGAGCUGCGGCUACUGCCUGAAAAUCGGUGAGCCAUGUGUUCUACAGGCCCUCGGUGAGCUUCGAGAAAUCGUCCUGAAGCCGCCGACCACGCGGUUGUCAGUUGAUAGCCCCGACGUACCCGCGGGGGGCGGAGACUUAGACAGCUCUCCCACCUCAAUCUCAACCGUUCAAGGCUCCUAUACCGCACCAAAGCCUCAGCUGGAUACUAUACGUAGCCAUCUCCGCCCCAAGCUAGCCGUCUCUCUCGGUAGGAUCCAAAAGGUUGAAAACAUUGUGCAAUGGCGCAUCUUCGAAUCCCAGAUCGUGGCAAGCGACAUAUAUCCUGAGGCCAACCCACCGGCUCCUCUGGAUCAUUCGAUGCCGAGCACUGACAUUAGGUUACUGAAUGACCUGGAACUGAGGUAUAUUCAUAGCGUGCACCUGUUGAACCCAAUACUGCAUCUUUCCACGCUUCACCACCUGAUUCUCAGCGUGGCAGAAAGUGGGUUUGACUGGUCGCUCGAGACCUGUCUCGCAGCCCUCGUAUGUGCAAUCGGUGCUAUUACCGAGCCUCUUGAUGCACCCGAAGCUUCUGAAGCUCUCGAAAGAAUCGAUUUGCACCCGUCCCAACGUUGGAGCGAUCCCGGCUUGGCCACUGGGUACUGGAAUAUUGCAUUCAAGCGCCUGGGCUUUGCCCUUGACCAGAACAAUAUCGAGGCUGUACAAUGCCUGUGUCUAGCAGGGAUAUGGCAUAUGCAUAACCUACAACCGCUUCAGGCUUGGAAGUACUUCAGCCAUGCGGCAAACGCGUGGUUCUGCACGGUCAUGAAAAACGAUCCAUUGCGUAAAUCUCGUGAUGGGAAUCGCUCCGGCCCGAUCGGCGUCGAAGAGGCUCUAUGCUUCACGAUUUGGAAGUCUACCUGCGAACUGCGCCCCGAAUUGGCGCUUCCUCCCUCAGUGUUAGAGGACUGCGAAAUCCUCCACCCAUUCCCAGCACUGCCAGACUUGGAAGAUACAAUAAAUGGCCGAGCUUCCAUCGACAGCGAACGAGGGUGGUACUACUAUCUAGCAGAGAUUGCUGCACGUCAUCUCAUCAAUGAUCUCCUCGAAUGUCAUGUUUACGACUUUGACAACCUUAAGAGGGCGGACGUUGCUCGAAUGAUACGCCACACAGAGAUAUUCGAGGCCCAGAUCUUCGAGUGGCGUUCAUCCUUGCCCGCUCAACUCCAAUUCGAUAUCCCCACAGACUUAGAUCUACCUGAACUAAACGACCUGAUGACUGUGGUAUUAAGGCAGCGUUACUUGUCUAGCCUUGAGUUGGCAUACCGGCCUUUGCUACGGAUAUGCACCGACUUUCCUUUGGAAGAUGACCAGGGAUACGAUGGGGCGUUUCGGAGCAGAGUGGCCAAACUGGCUUCUCAGAACUUGAGAUUCUCGUACUUGAAGAUUCUGCGCAUAAGCAACAGGCUUCACCAAGGCACCUGGUUCAACCUUCGCAGCUUGACUGGGGCGUGUCUGCGGUUCGCUGCGGCAGAGAAAGCUCAGAUGGACACAAAGCUAGCUGGCGCACAAGAGAUUCAGAUCCCGCCGAACUGGAGGGCUAGGGUGAUGAAUUCGGUCGAGAUUCUGCAGCCGUACUGGACUUCAAACCGUGGUGGGGGAGCAGGUCUGAUGGCCCUGAUCAACCAAGCCUUAAAGUUGUAG